AUGGUCAUUUCUAAUGGUAAGCCAAUGUUUCUAAAAUCGGUCGAUUGCUCAGGUGAGAUUAAGGAUAAGUACUUCAUUGCAAAUUUGAUGAAGGAAGUGAUUAAUGAAGUCGGUUAUGAGAAUGUUGUUCAAGUGAUAACGGAUAAUGCUCCCAAUUGCAAAAGGGUAGGACAACUUAUUGAAGCACAAUUUCCAAUGAUUAUAUGGACACUAUGCGUGGUUCAUACUGUAAAUCUUGCCUUGAAAAACAUUUGUGCUACCAAGAAUGUUGAAAAUAAUCAAAUUGUUUAUGGAGAGUGCAGCUGGAUUUAUGAUAUUGUUGGGGACUUCGUGGUAGUGAAAUUUUUUAUCAUGAACCAUUCCAUGAGGCUUGCCAUGUUUAAUGAAUUUGUGCCUCUUAAAUUGCUUUCAAUAGCUGAAACUCAUUUUCCAUCGGCUAUUAUUAUGCUCAAGAGGUUUAAGCUUAUUAAAAGUGGCUUACAAGCUAUGGUCAUCAGUGAUAAAUGGAAAAGUUAUAGAGAAGAUGAUGUGGUCAAGGCAAGACAUGUAAAGGAGUUGGUGCUCGAAGAAAUUUGGUGGGACAAAAUUAAUUAUAUUUUGUCAUUCACUUCACCCAUAUACGACAUGCUAAGAGAUUGUGAUACAGAUAAACCUUAUUUACAUUUGGUGUAUGACAUGUGGGAUACAAUGAUUGAAAAGGUGAAGAUGUCCAUAUAUAAACACGAAGGAUUGCGACCAAUUGAAUUCUCUUCUUUCUACGAUGUGGUGUAUAACAUUCUCAUUGAUCGUUGGAACAAGAAUAGUACUCCACUUCACUGUUUAGCACAUUCUUUGAAUCCAAGAUACUAUAGUGAAGACUGGCUUAUAGAAGAUCCUAAUCAAGUUGCUCCACAUCAAGAUGCAACUCAUGGGACUUAUGCACCAAUGCUUCAGAAGAUUGCCUUCAAAGUUUUAGGACAAUCAUCAUCAUUUUCAUGUUGUGAAAGAAAUUGGAGCACAUAUUCCUUUAUUAACUCUAUCAAGAGGAACAAAAUGAUGCCUCAACGUGUAGAGGAUUUGAUAUUUAUCCACAGUAACCUUCGUCUUUUGUCUAGAAAAACUCCAGAAUAUUCAAAAGGAGAAACCAAGGCAUGGGAUAUUGUGGGAGAUGUUGAUUCACUUAAAGAUGUAGGUAUGCUUGAAGUAGCUAAUUUAUCUUUAGAUGAUCCAGAGUUUGAGGCUGAAAUUACUAAGGACGAUAGUGUUGAUAAGGAUGAAGAUGUCACUGAGAUUUGA